CUCUGGGAUCCCUCUUGGCUCCACCUUUCGGGGCCCCAGGGAGUGGCAGUGCAUACUCAGCCCUUUGGGGUCUGAUAAGGGAGCCCUGGAGCUGCUGUCCCCAUUUAUGGCCUAAUUGCUCUUCCAUGAGACUGCUAUCCCCAAGGACAUCUGGGAAGAGGCCCCCCGGGCCCUUACGCAAGGACUUAGUGCCUGGUCCCUCGGGACCGGCCAGGGCAGGGGUGCCCCUCUCACGGUACAAGGCAGGGAUGGCUCCAGUGACCACCGUCGUGGCUGGCUGAUACCAGUGUCCCUGUGUGCUCUGCCAACCAAGGCCACACAUGAAAGUGGCCUGUGGCUCCUUGCUUCUAAGAGCAGGUCCCACGGCCAAGGGCUCCCGCUCAAAGUGAAUGGGCAGGGCUUCCGACAUGGAGCUGGAGCCUCUCUCCUCUCCUCCCCUCCAGGUGCAGGGCUGUGGGGGUUCACACAGAGGGCAGGGCCAGACACUGAGGCACAGCUGUCCCUUUGAGUGUGGGUGCCUCCUGCUUUGGCUGCGAUCACUCGUGAGCUCGCUAGCUUCCAGGCAGGUGCUAUUGCCACUUCAUUUUACAAACAAGGAAACAGGUUCAGGUGACACAAGCUCCCAGGUCACAGCAUACAUUGCGAGCAGAUCCUGUCUCCCAACCCCGCACUGGGGGUCUGGUCUGUGCCAUGACACUUGGGCCCCCGGACACUGAGUCCCCGCUGCUCAGGACAGUUUCCACAAAUAAGUGCUUUUUUAUAGACGAGCUACAGAGUGAUGGAGAUGGACGUGGUCAAGGUCCCUGGCUGCUACCCCCACGCCCACAGAUGGCGGGUUGCAUAAGCUGGGCUCCUGCUGGUAGCCCUGAGCCAGGCUGACCUCGUAGCCAGGUGGGGACAGAGGCCCCUGGAGAAGUGGCUGCAGCCUGUGCUGCCUGCACUGCCUCCAGCUGGGGCUUCCACCAGGCAGGACCGUGUGGCGGUGGGCAUGACAAGCGGGCCUGACCUUCGGUCUGAAGUUACGAGGCAGGUGGGGGCUGACCUGAAGCAGGGGCCCCUUUUGGACAUUUACAACUGAAUGUACCUCAUCAGCAAGGGGAGGGGCUGGCCAGGGGGGCCGCUGUCCAGUUAGAGCGGAGUCAGCCCAUAGGGGCCACAGGCUGAUAAGCCAGCAAAGUCCCUACCAGGUUGCCCAGUGCAGGCAUGGCUCCUGGCCUCGCACCCUCUGCUCUGUCCAGCCACCUCCUUCCCACCCUGGUCCUGCUCGUAGCUGGGUCCCCAGGCUGGGCCUGGGUCCCCAACCACUGCAGGACCCCCAGCGAGGCCAUGUGCAACUUCGUGUGUGACUGCAGGAGCUGCUCCGAUGAGACCCAGUGUGGUUUCCAUGGGACUUCACCUCUCCCGGGUGCCCCCUUCACCUGCGACUUUGAGCAGGACUCCUGUGGCUGGCGAGACAUCAGCACCUCAGGCUACAGAUGGUUCCGAGAUCGGGCAGGGGCUGUGCUGGAGGGCCCAGGGCUCCGUUCAGACCACACUCUUGGCACUGACCUGGGCUGGUACGUAGCUGUUGGCACCCACUGUGGGAAAGAGGCAUCCACCGCAGCCCUGCGUUCCCCUGUCCUACACGAGGCAGCCCCCACCUGUGAGCUGAGGCUCUGGUACCACACAGCCUCUGCAGAUGUGGCUGAGCUGCAGCUGGAGCUGACCCAUGGCACGGAGACGCUGAUCCUGUGGCAGAGCUCAGGACCCUGGGGCCCAGGCUGGCAGGAGCUGGUGGUGGCCACAGGCCGCAUCCUGGGUGACUUCCAGGUGACCUUCUCUGCCACCCGAAAUGCCACCCACAGGGGCGCUGUGGCGUUGGAUGACAUAGCCUUCUCGGGCUGUGGGCUGCCCACCCCCCAGGCGCGCUGCCUCCUGGCGCAUCACCAUUGCCGAAACAAGGCCUGCGUGGAGCCCCACCAGCUGUGCGAUGGGGACGACAACUGUGGGGACAGUUCAGAUGAGGACACGCCCACCUGCAGCCACCACAUGUCCACGGACUUUGAGAUGGGGCUGGGCCUAUGGCAGCACUCUGAGGGCUGGAUCCGGAACCAUAGCGCUGGUGGCCCUGAGCGCCCUGCCUGGCCUCGCCGCGACCACAGCCGGAACAGCGCUCAGGGCUAUUUCCUGGUGUCCGUGGCUGAGCCUGGUGCCCCUGCCAUCCUCUCCAGUCCCGAGUUCCAAGCCUCGGGCCCCCACAACUGCUCGCUCAUCUUCUAUUACUACCUGCACGGGUCCGAGGCCAGCUGCCUCCAGCUGUUCCUGCAGACUCAGAGCCCCGGUGCCCCCCAGGCGCCCGUUCUGCUGCGUAGACGCCAUGGGGAGCUGGGGGCCGCCUGGGUCCGAGACCGGGUUGACAUCCAGAGCAACCACCCCUUCCGGAUUCUCCUGGCAGGGCAGACGGGUCCAGGGGGUGUCGUGGGCCUGGACGACCUCAUCCUGUCUGAUGGCUGCAAGCCAGUCCUGGGUGAGCCUGCUGAGCCCCUCCCCCUCGGCAAGCGGGCCCCAGCACCCUACCCUGACCCAUCCAGCCUGCAGCCCCAGGGUUUCUGUGAGCCAGGACAUCUCUCCUGUGGUGACCUGUGUGUCCCCCUGGAGCAGCUGUGUGACUUCCAGCAGCAGUGCGAGGGGGGCGAGGACGAGCAGGAGUGCGGCACCACGGACUUCGAGCUCCCCAUGGCCGGGGGCUGGGAGGAUGCCAGCGUGGGGCGGCUGCAGUGGAGGCGUCUCCUGGCCCAGGACAGUGGGGGCCCUGGCACAGAUGCCAGUGGAGCUGUUGCUGGGCACUUCCUGUCCUUGCAGAGGGCCUGGGGGCAGCUGACUGCGGAGGCCCGCGUCCUCACACCCCCCCUGGGCCCCUCUGGCCCCCACUGUGAACUCCACUUGGCUUACUAUUUUCAGAGUCACCCCCAAGGCUUCCUGGCACUGGUUGUGGUGGAGGGCGGCACCCGGGAGCUGGUGUGGCAGGCCCCGAGCAGCAGCAGGGGCUGGAAAGUGGACACGGUCCUUCUGGGGGCACGCCGCUGGCCCUUCCGGCUGGAGUUUGUCGGCCUGGUGGCCUUGGAUGACCCCGGCCAGCAGGGCGCUGGGGUGGACAAUGUGAUCAUGAAGGACUGCAGCACCACAGUGGCCACCAAGAGAGACACAGAGGUCUCCUGUAAUUUUGAGCGGGACACGUGCGGCUGGCACACGGGCCACCUUACAGAUGCUCACUGGCACCGGAUGGAGAGCGGUGGCCCUGGAUAUGACCACACCACAGGCAAAGGCUACUUUGUGCUCCUGAAUCCUACAGACCCCCCAGCCCGGGGCCCUGGUGCCCACCUGCUCACCCAGCCCCAGACGCCGGCAGCCUCUCAGGAAUGUCUCUCCUUCUGGUACCAUCUCCACGGGCCCCAGAUCGGGACACUGCGCCUUGUGAUGAGACAGGAUGGGAAGGCAGACACGCACCUGUGGUCGCAGUCAGGCACCCACGGCAACUGCUGGCAUGAGGCCUGGGCCACUCUCCACCACCAGAUGGACUCUGGUGCCCAGUACCAACUGCUGUUCCAGGGCCUCCGGGAUGGGUACCACGGCACCAUGGCGCUGGACGACGUGGCCUUGCGGCCGGGGCCCUGUUGGGCCCCCAAGCGCUGCUCCUUCGAGGACUUGGCGUGCAGCUUCUCCACCGGGGGCCUCUGGAUGUGCCAGACCAAUGCCACUGGUCAUGCUGCCUGGGGCCCCAGCGCUGACCACACCACAGAGACCCCUCAGGGGCACUAUAUGGUGGUGAACACGAGCCCACAGACCCUGCCACGGGGCCACGUGGCCUCCCUGACCUCGGAGGAGUACAGGCCCCUGACCCAGCCCUCCUGCCUGACCUUCUGGUACCACCUGAGCCUCCGAAACCCAGGUACCCUGCAGGUCUACGUGGAGGAGGCCGAGAGGCGACAGGUGCUCAGCAUCAGCGACCACGGAGGGCUUGCCUGGCGCCUGGGCAGCGUGGAUGUGUGGGCCCAGCGGGCCUGGAGGGUGGUGUUCGAGGCCGUGGCCGCUGGGGUGGAGUCCUCCUACAUGGCGCUGGAUGACCUGCUCCUCCAGGACGGACCCUGCCCACAGCCAGCUACCUGUGACUUUGAGACUGGCCUGUGUGGCUGGAGCCAUCUGCCCUGGCCCGACCUGGGCAGUUACAGCUGGGACUGGAGCAGUGGAGAAACACCCUCCCGCUACCCCCAGCCCCCCGUGGACCACACUCUGGGCACUGACGCAGGCCACUUCGCUCUCUUUGAAACCAGCGUGCUGGGCCCAGGGGGCCCGGCCGCCUGGCUGCGCAGCCAGCCUCUGCCUGCCACGGAGGCCUCCUGCCUCCGCUUCUGGUACCAGAUGGGCUUUCCCGAGCAAUUCUACAAGGGCGAGCUGAGGGUUCUCCUGAGCAGUGUCCGAGGCCAGCUGGCCGUGUGGGGUGCGGGCGGGCACCUGCGGCACCAGUGGCUGGAAGGCCAGGUGGAGGUGGCCAGCCCUGAAGAGUUCCAGAUCGUGUUUGAAGCCACUCUGGGCGGUCAGCCAGCCCUGGGGCCCAUUGCCCUGGACGACAUUGAGUAUCUGGCUGGGCAGCGUUGCCAGCUGUCUGCACCCAGCCAGGGGGACAUGGCAGUGGCCACUUCAGUGCCAGCCGCGGUCGGCGGCCUCCUCCUCCUCCUAGUGCUGCUGGGGCUGCUUGGACUCUUGGAGCGGCUCUGGCUGCGGAAGAAGGGGGGCUGCCCCUUCCGAGGCAGGACAGUGGCCACGGCCCCCGGCUUCGACAACAUUCUCUUCAAUGCGGAUCAAGUCACCCUGCCUGCAUCAGUCACCAAUGACCCAUAGAUGACCCAGAGAAGACCCUGGCUCCUCACACAAGCUCCCCGCAUCCUGUCAGCCCCAUCCCUCCCCCAGGAUGGGCUAAGCCUCGCAUCCCUCACCCUGCUCAGACUGCCACCCACGUGCCUGGGUACAGUCCUCACCCCAAAAAUAAACACCCCGACCAGUGAAAACAG